AUGGGCACCCGUCCUUUCCGACGGCUGAUCAGGUGGGUUUUCAUAUUGGAAUAAAAAAACUAAAAACUAUUUUUUUCAGCACAAUAUUUUUCAAGCCCCUACGAAGUGCGACAACGCGUUUCUUCAUCGUCUGGCCCCACGGCUUCCUGCGUCUAGGAAGAUGGGCGUCCGUCCUUUCCGACGGCUGAUCAGGUGGGUUUCAUAUUGGAAUAAAAAAACUAAAAACUAUUUUUUUCAGCACAAUAUUUUCAAGCCCCCUUCAAACUGCGACAACGCGCUCCUUCACCGUCUAGCCCUCACGGCUUUCCUGCGUCUAGGAAGAUGGGCGUCCGUCCUUUCCGACGGCUGAUCAGGUUGGUUUCAUAUCGGAAUAAAAACUAAAACUAUUUUUUCAGCACAAUAUUUUCAAGCCCCUACGAAGUGCGACAACGCGUUUCUUCAUCGUCUGGCCCCACGGCUUCCUGCGUCUAGGAAGAUGGGCACCCGUCCUUUCCGACGGCUGAUCAGGUGGGUUUCAUAUUGGAAUAAAAAAACUAAAAACUAUUUUUUUCAGCACAAUAUUUUUCAAGCCCCUUCGAACUGCGACAACGCGCUCCAUCACCGUCUAGCCCCACGGCUUCCUGCGUCUAGGAAGAUGGGCACCCGUCCUUUCCGACGGCUGAUCAGGUGGGUUUCAUAUUGGAAUAAAAACUAAAACUAUUUUUUCAGCACAAUAUUUUCAAGCCCCUACGAAGUGCGACAACGCGUUUCUUCAUCGUCUGGCCCCACGGCUUCCUGCGUCUAGGAAGAUGGGCCUCCGUCCUUUCCGACGGCUGAUCAGGUGGGUUUCAUAUUGGAAUAAAAACUAAAACUAUUUUUUCAGCACAAUAUUUUCAAGCCCCUCCGAAGUGCGACAACGCGUUUCUUCAUCGUCUGGCCCCACGGCUUCCUGCGUCUAGGAAGAUGGGCGUCCGUCCUUUCCGACGGCUGAUCAGGUGGGUUUCAUAUUGGAAUAAAAACUAAAACUAUUUUUUCAGCACAAUAUUUUCAAGCCCCUCCGAAGUGCGACAACGCGUUUCUUCAUCGUCUGGCCCCACGGCUUCCUGCGUCUAGGAAGAUGGGCGUCCGUCCUUUCCGACGGCUGAUCAGGUGGGUUUCAUAUUGGAAUAAAAACUAAAACUAUUUUUUCAGCACAAUAUUUUCAAGCCCCUCCGAAGUGCGACAACGCGUUUCUUCAUCGUCUGGCCCCACGGCUUCCUGCGUCUAGGAAGAUGGGCAUCCGUCCUUUCCGACGGCUGAUCAGGUGGGUUUCAUAUCGGAAUAAAAAAACUAAAAACUAUUUUUUUCAGCACAAUAUUUUCAAGCCCCUUCGAACUGCGACAACGCGCUCCAUCACCGUCUAGCCCCACGGCUUCCUGCGUCUAGGAAGAUGGGCACCCGUCCUUUCCGACGGCUGAUCAGGUGGGUUUCAUAUUGGAAUAAAAAAACUAAAACUAUUUUUUUCAGCACAAUAUUUUCAAGCCCCUACGAAGUGCGACAACGCGUUUCUUCAUCGUCUGGCCCCACGGCUUCCUGCGUCUAGGAAGAUGGGCACCCGUCCUUUCCGACGGCUGAUCAGGUUGGUUUCAUAUCGGAAUAAAAACUAAAACUAUUUUUUCAGCACAAUAUUUUCAAGCCCCUUCGAACUGCGACAACGCGCUCCAUCACCGUCUAGCCCCACGGCUUCCUGCGUCUAGGAAGAUGGGCACCCGUCCUUUCCGACGGCUGAUCAGGUGGGUUUCAUAUUGGAAUAAAAACUAAAACUAUUUUUUCAGCACAAUAUUUUCAAGCCCCUACGAAGUGCGACAACGCGUUUCUUCAUCGUCUGGCCCCACGGCUUCCUGCGUCUAGGAAGAUGGGCGUCCGUCCUUUCCGACGGCUGAUCAGGUGGGUUUCAUAUUGGAAUAAAAACUAAAACUAUUUUUUCAGCACAAUAUUUUCAAGCCCCUUCGAACUGCGACAACGCGCUCCAUCACCGUCUAGCCCCACGGCUUCCUGCGUCUAGGAAGAUGGGCACCCGUCCUUUCCGACGGCUGAUCAGGUGGGUUUUCAUAUUGGAAUAAAAAAACUAAAAACUAUUUUUUUUCAGCACAAUAUUUUCAAGCCCCUCCGAAGUGCGACAACGCGUUUCUUCAUCGUCUGGCCCCACGGCUUCCUGCGUCUAGGAAGAUGGGCGUCCGUCCUUUCCGACGGCUGAUCAGGUGGGUUUCAUAUUGGAAUAAAAACUAAAACUAUUUUUUCAGCACAAUAUUUUCAACCCCCUUAAACUGCGACCACACGCUCCAUCACCGUCUAGCCUACGGCUUUCCUGCGUCUAGGAAGAUGGGCGUCCGUCCUUUCCGACGGCUGAUCAGGUGGGUUUCAUAUUGGAAUAAAAAAACUAAAAACUAUUUUUUUCAGCACAAUAUUUUUCAAGCCCCUACGAAGUGCGACAACGCGUUUCUUCAUCGUCUGGCCCCACGGCUUCCUGCGUCUAGGAAGAUGGGCGUCCGUCCUUUCCGACGGCUGAUCAGGUGGGUUUCAUAUUGGAAUAAAAACUAAAACUAUUUUUUCAGCACAAUAUUUUCAAGCCCCUUCGAACUGCGACAACGCGCUCCAUCACCGUCUAGCCCCACGGCUUCCUGCGUCUAGGAAGAUGGGCACCCGUCCUUUCCGACGGCUGAUCAGGUGGGUUUCAUAUUGGAAUAAAAACUAAAACUAUUUUUUCAGCACAAUAUUUUCAAGCCCCUACGAAGUGCGACAACGCGUUUCUUCAUCGUCUGGCCCCACGGCUUCCUGCGUCUAGGAAGAUGGGCACCCGUCCUUUCCGACGGCUGA